AUGCUCUCACUUGUUGCUGCUGUGGAGGCACCCCGCACACACAACCGUCGCCGCGUGACCGGAUCCAGCGGGAGGAGGAGGGAAGGAGGAGAGAGUGAGCGGCAGAGGCCCAACAUGUCCCGGCAUCUCUUCUACUCUGCGGUGCUCCUCCUCGUCGUGAUGGUGUGCUGCGGCAGUGGUGCUGCGGGAGUUGCGGGGAAGUCGUCUGGUCCUCAGUUUAAAUGGAGGGGCAUCAAUGAGAGUGACGAUGUAACUGUGGACUCGUUGGGUGCUCCCAGCCUUCUAAAAGUGGGGAAUGACGUGUUUGCCGUUGCCGAGGCGCAGUGCAAGAAGGAGGCUGGUGGUGUCAGUUUUACUGGCGUUGCAUCCCAACUUCUCACGAAAAAAACUGCUGAGACACCGGAGGAAGUUCUGGGAAAACCCAAAGAUGAGACACAAGUACUGGAGGAAGGUGCUUCUAAAGGUCAAGAGAAGAAAGUGGAUGUGAGCCGACCAACAACUGCUGUGAAGGGGAAUGAUAUUUACAUGCUUGUUGGACAGUACGGCAGUAAAGAUUGUCUGAGCAGUGAUGAAGGCGGCUGUGAACUUUUGCUGGUGAAGGGGAGCGUCAGUGGUGGUGGGGAUACAAAUAACAAAAAAAUUGACUGGGAAAAUACUGAAAAUUCCCCGCAAGGACUUUUUGGCACAAAGCCCGAUUCCUGGACAAAGCUGAUUGGAAGCGGUGGAUCGGGUGUUGAGAUGAAGGAUGAGACUCUUGUGUUUCCUGUGGAAGGCACGAAGAAGGCGGAGGAGGGCACUGAAGAGGGUGUGAAGACUGUCUCACUGAUCAUAUACUCCUCCACGGAUAAUAAGAAUUUAAAGCUGUCGAAGGGGAUGUCUGACGGUGGCUGCAGUGAUCCCUCCGUCGUGGAGUGGAGGGAGGGAAAACUCAUCAUGAUGACUGCGUGUGCUGGUGGCCCUCGCAGGGUGUACGAGUCCGGUGACAAGGGGGAGUCGUGGACGGAGGCCCUCGGGACACUCUCGCGCGUGUGGGGCAACAACAAAAAUGAAAAUGUGAAACUCGUUAGAAGCGGGUUCAUCACAGCGACUGUUGGAAAUGAUGGUGAUAAGAGGAAUGUGAUGCUCGUCACUCUGCCGGUGCAUGCCGGGGAAGGCAACGAAAAGGGCAAACUCCAUCUUUGGCUGACGGACAAUACGCACAUUGUUGAUAUUGGGCCGGUAUCCGGAGAAGAUGAUGACGAAGAGAUUACCGCCAGCUCCCUGUUGUACAACAGUGGAGAGAACACUAAUGAGAAGUUGAUUGCACUGUACGAGAAGAAGAAGAAGGACGGUGGGAAACCAUCACCUGGUAUGGUCUCUGUGCUUCUGACUGAGAAGCUGAAGCGUGUGAAGGAUGUGCUGACGACCUGGAAGGAGGUGGACGGACGUGUCUCCAACCUGUGCACCUCAUUAAUUGCUGAGAAGGAUCCCCCAACCGGCGAUGUCUGCGGCGCUGUUAAGAUCACGGCUGGGCUGGUUGGCUUUUUGUCGGGCAACUUCUCUGGGAACACAUGGAGGGACGAGUACCUCGGCGUGAACGCCACAGUAAAUAAUGAUGAAGGGGCAACAGCGUCAACAGUGGCCAGCACGAAAAAUGGUGUGAAGUUCACUGGGCGUGGCGCAGGGGCGGAGUGGCCUGUUGGCAAGCAGGGGGAGAAUCAGCUGUACCACUUUGCGAACUACAACUUCACUCUUGUGGCGACGGUGUCCAUCGACAAAAUGCCGGAGGAGGGAGACACCCCCAUUCCGUUGGUGGGUGUGCGUGCGGGCAGUAACGGAGAAAACAAACUUAUGGAGUUGUCGUACGACAGCGGAAAGAAGUGGCAUGUGCUGUGCGGUGACAAAACGACGACGAAGCUCAGCAGCACGUGGGAGGCAGGGACACCUCAACACGUGGUGAUUUUGUUGAAGAACGGCACCCAGGGCUCCGUGUACGUCGAUGGUCAGCGUGUGGGGAGUGAAGAAUGUGCAUUGGGCAAUGGUGAGUCGAAAGAGAUCUCCCACUUCUACAUUGGAGGGGAUGGAGUAAACGCAGCCAACAAAGAAGAAGUGCCUGUGACUGUGACGAACGUCCUGCUGUACAACCGCCCGUUGGAUGAAGCGGAGAUUACUGCGCUUAACCCGAAUAAAGCCAAUAUUCCAGUUCAGGUGGACGGGUCUGUUGAAGGAGACGCGAUUGAGACUUCUCCUGGUCAAGGAAAGGAGGAACAGAGACAGUCGAUGGAGAGCAGUGGUGUGAACGGUGUAUCCACACCAACAGUGCCCAGUGCCAAGACUUCCUCAGGAGGAGAGGGGUCCGCAACCCAGUUGGUGUCAGAAGAAUCUUCUGAUGGAACUCAAACUGUGGGUGGCGGUUCCUCGCCUGGCAGUGACGCAGCGGUGGAGACAGGAGACCGAAGUACGGUGCAGGGAGAUGGAUCAUCACAAACUCCUGUGGGUACUCCCGCCACAGCAGAUGCAUAUGACCCUAACGCUGAAGCCAUGGGGCACGAUGGAACCGCAGUGAAUCCUGGGGCGAGCGCGGGCUCAGGUGCGGAUGGGGAGGCAGCGGAAGGAACGGAUGGGCAGAAGGAGGAGAUCCACGCACAGAACGGGGACGUAAAGGCUGCGGCCCUCAGCAGCAGUCUCGGAAAUGUGUCGCAGGGGAAUAACAGCGAUGCCGGCACCAUGCAUGAGAACGGACUGCUGCCAUCGCUGCUUCUGUUGGGACUGUGGGGACUGUGGGGGUUGACGGCUCUGUGA